AUGUUUACAAACCAAAGGCUUAUCCGUCCUACGCUUGCUUGUGUAGCACGAAGGGUUUCACCCGCUUUCUUUCAUAGCUCAAUUGUAAGACGUUCUGGACAAAUUCUGGACGGUAAUCAUGAUACAUUCGACAAGAUGGUUAUAGAAGCGAAAGGGCCCGUUAUAGUCGAUUUUUACGCAGAUUGGUGUGGACCUUGCAAGGCGUUGACGCCUAUCCUUGAACAAGUUGUGAAAGAAAAUAAAAAAGUCGAUCUCGUAAAACUUAACACUGAUGAAAACCCGGAUCUCGCGGCAAAAUAUAAGAUCACAUCACUUCCAACAGUAUAUGCAUUCCACAAUGGUAAAUCGAUAAACCAUUUCAUCGGUGUAAAACCUCUGGGAGAGAUUAAGGCCUUUGUAGCAAAAGCCGCAUCAUUAAGCAAAUGA